AUGGAGACCCCAAAACCUCCCUCCCAUUCGGAUUUAUACGUCUAUCUUCUACAGUCUGCAAUCAAAUCCAGAGACCCAUUCAUCGGAAGAUCAAUUCAUGCUCGAAUCAUCAAACAGGGCUUUCACUUGGGUGUCUUCUUGAUGAACAACCUCCUCAAUUUCUAUGCUAAAACUGGUUCCUUCUCUGAUGUUCACCGCGUGUUCGGUGAAAUGCCCCUUAAGACUACGUUCUCUUGGAACACCAUUCUCUCCGCGUAUGCUAAAGGGGGCAACAUGGAAGCUGCACACCGUGUGUUUGAUGAAAUUCCUCAACCUGAUUCCGUCUCCUGGACUACGAUGAUAGUGGGGUAUAACCACAUGGGUCUUUUCAAUAGCGCCAUUCAGACGUUUCUGAACAUGAUUUCCUCUGGAAUUUCGCCAACCCAUUUCACGUUUACCAAUGUUCUUGCCUCAUGUGCCGCAACUGAAGCCUUGGAUAUUGGUAGGAAGGUUCAUUCCUUCAUUGUAAAACUGGGGCUGUCCAGUGCUGUUCCUGUAGCAAAUUCACUGCUUAACAUGUAUGCAAAGUCAGGUGAUUCGGUGAUGGCAAAGGUUGUUUUCCACCGAAUGAGGGUGAAAGACAAAUCAACUUGGAAUACUAUGAUUUCAAUGCAUAUGCAGUUUGGUCGACUUGACCUUGCACUAGCCCUUUUUGAGCAAAUGACUGAUCCAGAUAUUGUUUCUUGGAAUUCCAUCAUAGCAGGAUAUGGUCAUCACGGAUAUGACAUUAAAGCCCUGGAAACAUUUUCUAGUAUGCUUAAGAGUUCAUCUUUAAAGCCGGAUAAGUUCACAUUGGGAAGUGUUCUGUCAGCUUGUGCCAAUCUUGAAAACUUGAAACUUGGGAAACAAAUCCAUGCACAUAUGGUAAGAGCUGAUAUUGACAUAUCUGGAGCAGUGAGAAAUGCUCUAAUCUCGAUGUAUGCAAAAUCAGGUGGCAAUGAAAUUGCGCAAAGGAUUGUAGAACUAACCGGUACUUCAAGUCUUAAUGUCAUAGCAUUCACAUCAUUGUUGGACGGCUAUGUCAAAGUUGGGGAUAUAAACCCAGCGAGAGAGAUAUUUGAUUCAUUAGAAUGUCAUGAUGUGGUUGCAUGGACUGCCAUGAUUGUCGGUUACGCACAAAAUGGCUUAAUUAGUGACGCUUUGGAGCUCUUCAGGUCAAUGAUUAGAGAAGGUCCAAAGCCAAACAAUUAUACCCUGGCAGCAGUAUUAAGUGUCUUUUCGAGCUUGGCUUCCCUGGAUCAUGGUAAGCAGCUUCAUGCAACUGCCAUACGAUUGGAAGAAGUAUCAUCGGUUUCUGUGGGUAAUGCUUUAAUUACCAUGUACUCAAGAUCUGGAAGCAUCAAAGAUGCAAGGAAAGUAUUCAAACAGAUAUGCUCCAACAAGGAUACAUUGACUUGGACUUCCAUGAUUAUAGCUCUAGCUCAACAUGGUCUCGGAAACGAGGCCAUAGAACUGUUUGAAGAGAUGAUGAAAUUUAACCUAAAGCCUGAUCAUAUUACUUAUGUUGGUGUGUUGUCUGCUUGCACACAUGUGGGAUUGGUAGAACAGGGUAAGUAUUACUUUAGUUUGAUGAAAAAUGUUCAUCACAUUGAACCCACCCCCAGCCACUAUGCAUGCAUGAUUGACCUGUUUGGACGUGCUGGAUUGCUUGAAGAAGCAUAUAAUUUUAUAAGAAGUAUGCCUAUUGAACCAGAUGUUAUAGCUUGGGGGUCGCUUUUGUCUUCUUGCAGGGUUCAUAAAAAUGUGGAUUUAGCUAAAGUGGCCGCUGAAAAAUUGCUUCUUAUUGAUCCCAAUAAUAGUGGGGCUUACUCAGCGCUUGCUAAUACGCUUUCAGCUUGUGGCAAAUGGGAUGCUGCUGCUCAGAUUAGGAAGUCAAUGAAGGAGAAAGCAGUGAAGAAAGAACAGGGGUUCAGUUGGGUUCAAAUCCAGAACAAGGUCCAUAUUUUUGGGGUUGAAGAUGCGCUUCACCCACAAAGAGAUGCGAUUUACAGUAUGAUUUCAAAAAUAUGGAAGGAGAUAAAGAAAAUGGGCUUUACUCCAGACACUGAUUCUGUAUUGCAUGACCUAGAGCAAGAAGUGAAGGAACAGAUCCUUAGACAUCAUAGCGAAAAACUCGCUAUUGCAUUUGCAUUAAUAAAUACUCCUGGAUACUCUACACUAAGGAUCAUGAAGAACCUUAGAGUUUGUAAUGACUGCCAUUCCGCCAUAAAAUAUAUCUCAAAGCUUGUGGGAAGAGAAAUUAUAGUAAGAGAUGCCACGCGUUUUCAUCAUUUCAAGGAUGGUUCAUGUUCCUGUCAUGAUUACUGGUAG